UACCCCCAAUCCGCUCUUCCCCUCGCCGACGCCGACCGGCCCAGUUGCAUUGACUCCCCCCACCGCCACCACCAAUGGAUGUGGACGAGCCCGCCAAGCCCGCCGCCAACGGCGAGGCGGCCCCCUCCUCCGGCGCCCGGCCCGUGGACGUCGUCUCCGGCGGCGGCGGCGGAGAGGAGGACACGCUCCCCGGGGUGCUCCGCGGCUUCGUCGACGGGGUCUGGUCCUCCCCGGGCGGCGGCGGCGGCGGCGGGGACGAGCCGCUGCUCAGGCGGCUCCGGGCGGCGUCCUGCGAGGCGGCCCCGCGGCUGCGGGGGGCGUCCAGGAACUCCGCGCGGGACCUGCUCGAGUGGACCAGGCGGGGCAGCGGCCUCCGCGCCAUCCUCGUCAUCUCGGUUGGGACCGUCAUGCUUGUAGCGUUGACUGGCCUCCUGAUCUUCAUGUUCUUCCUGCUGGUUGCGACUGCUAAUGCCGUCGUCGUGUCAGUCCUGAUGUCACUGGCGGCUGCCGGAGGAUUCUUGGCUAUCUUCUUUGCUUGCUUAGUUGCAGUGUAUGUCGGAGCAGUAUCAGUUGCUGCUUUUGCCAUUUCUGCCACAGUUAUCUCAGCAAUUGUUGGAGUAACGAUUGCUACUGGCUGGGUCGGGUUCUUCUGGAUGAUCUGGUUCGCCGCGAGGAAGAGCAUGGACCUGACGAAGCACUCCAUCGGCGCGACGAGCUCGGCGAUCCAGUCGUACUCCGCAUCCCGGCACGCGAACUGGAAGCCGGUAGACUGAUGCUGAGGCUACCUCCAGCUUUGGUUACGCCCUGUAUGGAGCCUUUGGUCUAUGUGAAUUAGAACUACGGACACUGCCAGUUUGUAAGAGGUUUCUCUCGGUGACUCGGUGUGUAAUAUAGCUCUGAGCUUUGGCACCUUGUACGUGUGCCAUGGCGGCCAGUAUGUGCUGUGAAGUAGGUCAAGCAGAUGAACUUGUAGUGAAUACGUGUGCAUACAGCUGUGUUUAUGCUGUGAGGAAAGGGUGUUUGGUUCCUUAGGUAAGUUUGAUGAUCAGGUUGGCAAGUGUUUGGUUGGAUAAUUAAUGAUAACUAAUCUUUGGUAAGAUUUGAUUUUUUAGGCUCCACAUGUUAUAGA